AUGACCUCGAAACUCGUUCCGUCGAAUCCCGCCGAGGUGAUGGUAAUCCGCGACGUCGUUCCGCGUACCAUCACCACCCUCUCCGUUCCCUUCGCUCGCUUCGGCCGCAUAAAGGUCGGCGGACGAGGCACGAUCGUUCGCCUCCAGAACGGUUCCCUCGCCGUCUUCUCCCCUGUCGCGCUGACGGAGGAGGUCAAGCAAAAGGUCGCUGAGCUAGGCGAAGUGAAAUACAUCACAGCGCUUGACAUCGAGCACCAUAUCUUCCUCGGCCCUUGGUACGCCGCCUACCCCAACGCGAAGGUCCUCGGCCCCGAAGGCCUCCCCGAGAAGCGCAAGUCCCAGAAGAACGAAGACGUCCCCUUCGCCCACGUCUUCACAAAGGACAAACCCAUAACUUCCAUCGACCCCGACUUCGACCGUGAAUUCGAAUGGGAAUACGUCCCUGCGCAUCAAAACAAAGAAAUCGUAUUCAACCACAAGCCCACGCGCACACUCAUCGAGGCAGACCUGAUGUUCAAUUAUCCGAGCACGGAGCAGUAUAGUAGGACUGGGGAGAGCGCGACCACCGGGGUCUUCACAAAGAUCUUUGGGUCGCUGACGAAUACGCAAGGCGCAGCGCAGAAGAAGGCGAUUUGGUAUGGAAUUAGUAGCGGGGACAGGACGGGAUUCGCAAGAAGCGUGAGCAAGAUUCACAAGUGGGAUUUCGACAGGAUCAUUCCCUGUCACGGAGACGUUAUUGAGAAUGGUGGGAAGGGAAUCUUUGAGAGGGUCAUGGAGUGGCAUUUGGAUUUGGCGAAGAAGGGAUAG